AGGACGUUUGGAGCACCAACUUUCCAACAAGUGUCAACCUCUUCUUUUGCAUGACCUUUACCUUUACCUCCACCUUAAAACCUCUUUCCUCCUCUCCUCUGCUAAGAAUCACUCAGCUGUGCUUUCCUUUCUCCUUCCAUGGCGAAUUUAUGGUUGUUUUUGUUGGUGCUAUUGCUUUUUGAAGCUAUACACAUGGGAGGAGCUGGUCGGUUGAAUCAGUGGCAGCCUGGGAUUAGGCUGCCUUGGGAGAAAGAUGAUGAAGUAGAUGAGCAUCGACUUGUAACAAGAUGGGCAGUCCUUGUUGCUGGUUCAUCCGGCUACGGUAAUUACAGGCAUCAGGCAGAUGUAUGCCAUGCGUAUCAGGUGUUAAGGAAAGGAGGAUUGAAGGAAGAGAACGUAGUGGUGUUCAUGUACGAUGACAUAGCCAUGCAUCACCUCAAUCCCAGGCCUGGAGUUAUCAUCAAUCAUCCUCAAGGCCCCGAUGUUUAUGCCGGCGUACCCAAGGAUUACACGGGUGAGCAUGUAACAGCGGCAAAUUUGUAUGCAGUACUUCUUGGUAAUAGAAAGGCACUGAGUGGAGGAAGUGGAAAGGUUAUUGAUAGCAAACCCAAUGACAGAAUAUUCAUUUUCUAUUCCGAUCAUGGAGGCCCAGGUGUUCUUGGGAUGCCAAAUUUGCCAUAUCUGUAUGCCAUGGAUUUUCUUGAUGUCUUGAAGAAGAAACAUGUAGCUGGAAGUUACAAAGGGAUGGUUAUAUAUGUAGAAGCCUGUGAAAGUGGAAGUAUAUUUGAAGGCAUAAUGCCCAAAGAUCUUAAUAUUUAUGUUACGACAGCAUCGAACGCUCAAGAGAAUAGCUGGGGAACUUAUUGUCCUGGGAUGGAUCCUCCACCACCUCCGGAGUUCAUCACUUGUUUAGGAGAUUUAUAUAGUGUGGCUUGGAUGGAAGAUAGUGAAGCUCAUAAUCUAAAGAGAGAAACUGUAGAGCAACAGUAUGAAUCAGUAAAAGAUCGGACUUCCAAUUUCAACUCUUAUGUGUUUGGUGGUUCGCACGUUAUGGAAUACGGGAGUACUAGCAUAAAACCGGAAAAGCUUUAUUUAUAUCAAGGUUUUGAUCCUGCCACCAUAAAUCUUCCUCCAAAUGAUUUGAGCCCUCGCACUCCUACAGAAGCAGUUAGCCAGAGAGAUGCAGAUAUUCUAUUUUUAUGGCAGAUGUACAAAAAUUCAGAAGAUGGAUCGAAGAAGACAGAAAUACUCGAACAGAUUACCGAGACAAUGAGACAUAGAAUCCACUUGGAUGGAAGCAUUGAUUUGAUUGGAACAUUAUUAUAUGGACCAGGAAAAGGCUAUGCCUUUCUCAAAUCUGUCAGGGAACCUGGUUUGCCCCUUGUGGAUGACUGGCAAUGCUUGAAAUCAAUGGUCCGGUUGUUCGAAACACACUGCGGGUCUCUAACGCAAUAUGGCAUGAAACACAUGCGUGCGUUUGCCAACAUUUGCAACAGUGGUGUCUCCCAAGCCUUGAUGGAAGAAGCUUGUGUUGCUGCGUGCAGCGGCCAUGAUCCAAUUCAAUGGCAUCCUUCAAAUCAAGGCUAUAGUGCUUGACUGAAUAAUAUAUAUAUAUAUAUAUAUACAUACGCAUAUGACCAAAACUUGUGAUAUAUGUUUGGUUUGGUUUGCUGUUAGUUGCAACAUCUGUCCUUCCUACAUAGCAGCAUUGUAUAGAUGAAGCUUGUGUAUAUAUAUAGUUAAGGGUAAACAGAAGUCUUUGUAUCUUCAACGUAUGAUUAUUGAGGUCCCUGGUUUAAGGUCCUGUGUCUGCAGUAGUUGAUGAUUUGGGGCAGAGAUGCACAGGACGAGGGUUUGAGCGCAAUUAGCGGUGACUGGGUACGUAUAGGGCUGGUGUUUGGACAAGUGGGCUUUUGUUUUGGUGGUAUCAUGUGCUGGUUUGGGUUGGUUAAGUUUAAUGGGUCUAGGUGGUGGAUAAGUGAUUUUAUUUUCAG